GUUCCUGAAGGAGUGGGAAAGUGUCAUUUGCUGCAGAAAGCUGGGAUUGUGGAUACGCUGCAUCCUGAACCUGCUGCAGAAGGUCCGGAGUACCUGCAAGAGAGCAAAGGCAAUAGAACUGCAUUUGUACUUCGUGGGAGUGAAUUACAGCGAGGACUUCUACCUGCCGCAACGAUACCCAGGUUAAUGUACCGGUGCACACCAACUGCUUAGGAAUACGUGGCUACUCUGUUCUGGGUGCUGGACUGAGAACACCAAACUCGUUUCAUGAGUGAAAGCUUUCAGAACAGUUCUCAGUAAAGGAGAGAAUUUCAAACACCUUCAUAAAUGCAGCGUUGGAUGUUUGCCUCAGCCAACUUUCUAAAUUUUCCUUUUCCUGCCAGAAAUUUUCUUUUCUAAAAAUAUUUGACUUUGCUGUCUAAUCUAGAGAUGGAUAAUACAGUGCUGAUUUUAAAAAUCUGACUGGUACAGGAUAUAAGAAUGACUUAUAAAACAAUGCCUGAGUCACUUUGGAACACAUUUUAUAACCAAAUGCUCUGUUCAGGGCAUGGUGUGGUUUCUGCACAAUCCCCUGCUUCCCCCCAGUAACCAUUACUGCCCUCCUAAUCUGCUAGAGCAUUUAGUACCCUCCUCUUAUCCUAAGAAAAAUACAAUUGCUGGCUCUGAUAUUCAUUAAGUGAUAAUCCAGAUUAAUUCAGACUUCUAUGUAGAAACAAGUCCCAUUUCAGCCACAAAGAAAUACACAUUGCCCCACAGAAAAUGCAUGUGCGCACACAUGCACAUAUACACGCUCAGGCAGUAUGUAGAAUGCCUUAAAGAAACUGUAGCUAACCACCUUAUUAGUAUUCCUCCCUCCUCUGUGUUUCACUUGCAGCAACAGAGGGCUGAGCAAAAUGCAGUAGAACAGGGACAGAGACAGAGCUGGCAAUCAUCUCAGUGCAGGCUGCUGAAUGUAGGGGGUGGGGGGGAUGCAGCAAAGCAAGAUUAAUAACCUUGCCAUAAUCCUGUGCACCCUGGAAGGAGAUACCUCUGGUGACUGAGCUGUUCUUGUCUUGAUUAAUUGGACUGAGCGAAUGAGUGGCUGGCAAUCCACCUGGUUUGGAGGCGACCCCCUGGUUUUGCUGCUCUCUGAAUCCUCUACCCAUCUGGGAAGGUAACAGUGAGACGUACCAUCUGCAGCACACACAGCAGCUAUUGGAGGCUACUACUGACAGUUUGCACUACAGUUUUUUGGUGAGCAAGAAGCCAGGUAUAUUGUACGGUAGGAUAUUUCUGUGCUCAAGCUACUGAAUUUUUGCAAUCUGGUCCUUCAGCAACCCCCCACGCGCCCUCUUCCAAUUGCCUUUGAGUUCUGGGCUUACUUUUGGCAUAGUCUCCUGGACACAUUUUGCUGGGGAUGGAAGAGCAGUAAAUGGAACCUCUGAAAACUAAUUGUUUUGCUUCUGUGUGACUCAAGAGAGAGAAAAGCAAGAUGAAUCAAGUGCAGCUAGAGGAAUUUACAUUUCUUUUGGAGAAGUUUGCAGAGGGACCAUAAAAAAGAAAUGAAUUUCCUUAUUGCAAGAAAUCAUGAUUAUUUAUUGAAUUGGAAAUCAAGCAGGCCGAUGCUCCAUUGAAUGCUGUGAACAACAUGUUGCCAGAAAAAAGGAAUGUGCAAUGGAGAUUGUUAAUACGGAAAUAUCCUAAGAUACGGCAUGCCAUUUGAGAAAAUAAAUGAAAUACACUUUGGCAUGGAAGAUAAUUAAUUGUACCAUGAAUUACUGAGUACAGGAUUUUUAUUCUCUUCAUUACCAUAAAUGCCCGUUAGAAGAAUUCUUCCUUAGAUUUUGAAGAUCACAUCUGAUUCAAUAAGGUAGGGUAAGAGGUGUACAGAGAAAUCAAAUAAUCUAUCCUGAGAGCAUACAAGCACUCUGGAAAUAAAAACUCAGUGAACCCUGGCUAUAACUCUUUUGAUGUCCUCAUCAGUGGCCACAGUCCUCCAAGGACUGAUGGAUCAGGAAAUCCAUGUGUCCUAAGAGGAUAUUUUAUACCCAAAUUUAUUCUAUCAUUUUUGUGUGCUUAAGAUGAUGGAUGAAAAUACUUACUGCAUUUCUAAGUGAUCUGUUGCUUUUAUUAGACCCUUAUAGUCCAGCAGGAAACACGGUAGAUGCUGUGGUGGGGUCCAGGCAGCUUUGUGGAAACGUCUCCAAUGUGCUGGUAGGAUGAGAAGGUCCAGGGGUAGUUUGGAAAACAAGGAGAAGCAUCACCUCCCAAGACGGUAAACCUACUGAAAAGACUAUUCAAAUUCCAGAAGGACCAACACCAAAUAAAUUAUGAAUGUUGAACAAGAUGACCUUACAUCCACAGCAGAUAAUGAUAGGUCCUAGGUUUAACAGGGCCCUAUUUGACCCCCUGCUUGUGGUGCUGUUGGCUCUUCAGCUUCUUGUGGUGGCUGGUCUAGUGAGGGCUCAAACUUGCCCUUCUGUCUGCUCCUGCAGCAACCAGUUCAGUAAAGUGAUUUGUGUACGGAAAAAUCUGAGAGACGUGCCAGACGGCAUCUCCACCAACACCCGGUUACUCAACCUCCAUGAGAAUCAGAUCCAAAUCAUUAAAGUGAAUAGCUUCAAGCAUCUGAGGCACCUAGAAAUCCUGCAGCUCAGCAGGAAUCACAUCAGAACAAUUGAAAUAGGGGCCUUCAAUGGUCUGGCCAAUCUCAAUACUUUGGAACUCUUUGACAAUCGUCUGACCACUAUCCCGAAUGGGGCUUUUGUAUACCUGUCAAAACUGAAGGAACUUUGGUUGAGAAACAACCCCAUUGAGAGCAUUCCUUCUUAUGCUUUUAACAGAAUUCCUUCUCUCCGGAGGUUGGAUUUGGGAGAAUUGAAAAGGCUUUCAUAUAUCUCAGAAGGUGCCUUUGAAGGUCUGUCCAACUUGAGGUAUUUGAACCUUGCCAUGUGCAAUCUUCGAGAGAUUCCUAACCUCACCCCACUUGUAAAACUGGAUGAGUUAGAUCUUUCUGGGAAUCAUCUGACUGCCAUCCGGCCAGGUUCCUUCCAAGGGUUAAUGCAUCUUCAGAAACUGUGGAUGAUACAGUCCCAGAUUCAAGUGAUAGAAAGGAAUGCUUUUGAUAACCUUCAAUCACUUGUGGAGAUCAAUCUGGCACACAAUAAUUUAACACUACUGCCUCAUGACCUGUUCACACCGCUCCGUCUAGAAAGGAUCCACCUGCAUCACAAUCCUUGGAACUGCAACUGUGAUAUCCUUUGGCUCAGCUGGUGGAUUAAAGACAAGGCACCCUCCAAUACUGCAUGCUGUGCCCGUUGUCACACACCUCCUAGUUUGAAAGGAAGGUACAUUGGUGAGCUGGACCUGAACUACUUUACGUGUUACGCUCCAGUCAUAGUGGAGCCACCAGCAGACCUCAACGUCACAGAAGGCAUGGCUGCAGAGAUGAAAUGCCGGGCGUCAACCUCCCUGACCUCUGUAUCUUGGAUUACUCCAAAUGGAUCUGUUAUGACACAUGGGGCAUACAGAGUUCGGAUUGCUGUGCUCAGUGAUGGCACGUUGAAUUUUACAAAGGUAACUGUGCAAGACACAGGUUUGUAUACAUGCAUGGUGAGUAACUCUGUUGGGAAUACCACAGCUUCUGCCACACUGAAUGUGACUGCCCUGGAUAACCCUGGUUACACAUACUUUUCAACUGUCACAGUAGAGACUGUGGAACCUUCUCAGGAUGAGGCACAGACCACAGAGCAGGUUGGGCCCACACCAGUUACCAACUGGGAGACCACUAACAUGACAACCUCACUCACUCCACAGAGCACAAGAUCAACAGAAAAAACGUUCACCAUUCCUGUGACGGACGCAAACAACGGGAUCCCAGGAAUAGAUGAGGUUAUGAAGACUACCAAAAUCAUAAUUGGUUGUUUUGUGGCUAUUACUCUCAUGGCUGCUGUGAUGCUGGUAAUUUUCUACAAAAUGAGGAAACAGCAUCACCGGCAGAACCAUCAUGCUCCAACACGGACUGUAGAGAUCAUUAAUGUGGAUGAUGAGCUUACAGGUGACACACCCAUAGAGAGUCACUUGCCCAUGCCAGCAAUAGAGCAUGAGCACCUAAAUCACUAUAACUCUUAUAAGUCUCCUUUUAACCACACAACAACAGUUAACACAAUAAAUUCAAUACACAGUUCAGUGCAUGAACCGUUAUUGAUCCGAAUGAACUCAAAAGACAAUGUACAAGAGACUCAGAUCUAAAACAUUUAAGACAUUAUGGGGUGGGGGUGGGGACACAAAAAAAAGAUGGUUUAUAAAGCAAAUGACACAAAUGACUGGGCUAAAUCUACUGUUUCAAAAAAGUGUCUUUACAAAGAAAAAGAAAUUUAUUUAUUAAAAAUUCUAUUGUGAUCUAAAGCAGACAAAAUUAUGUGUAUUCCUCAGAACCUGUUUUUUGCUGCACUUAUUUACCCUCCUCCUUCCCUUUUUCCUUCCCAGCCAACCCUGACUCCCAUUUGCCAUAUUUUUCAUAGGAGAUCUUGAUUCGCUAAAAGAACUGGUCUAGGAAAUUUUGUAAGAAUUCUGUUACACUUUGGGAAUUUUUAUGGUGAAUUCUAGUGGUGAGAUUUGGUCUAUUUUGUCACUUCUUUUUCUCUUCUUUUUCUUUUGUUCUCUCAUGCCCUUUUUGAAAUUAUUCAACAGGGAAUGGAAUAUUAGCAGCAGCUUUACAAGUGAGCAAAACAAGCAAGCAAGCAAACUUUUUUUUUUCUCCAUGUAAUGAUUCGAUGAUUUGCUCUGUAUUUACCAAAAGGACCAUUCUGUGAAAAAAAAGAAGAAAAAGUAAAAAAAAAAAAAAAAUAAUAAUAAUUUACUUGUGAAAACCUAUAAAAACCCAUGAUCUUUUAAGCAAUUCUAGAACCAGAAUUUGUAGUUCAAACACUAAACUAAGAUUAUAAAUAAAAUAUUGUUUUUUUUUCUGUACUUGGAUAUAGCUCAUUUUUAGUGUGGCUUUAAACAUGAAAAGCUUUUUAAAAUUCUUACAAUAUUCUGCUGUGAUGGUCCAAAACACAAUCAUUUUAAAGAGAAUAAUUAAAGCACUUUGGAUCAUUACUGAAGAAUAGCACAGUUUUCAUUUUAGUGUAUGUAAGCAGUACACUAGCAAACAAGGUUACUUGGCUUUUAAUGCAGAAUAAUGAUGAUAUCUUCUAACAGUUAUCUGUUAACAGUUAUCUCUUUUAUAUCACCAGAUGUAUCCUACAAUACCAGGGAGCGUUCUACAAAACGUUUUGGGUAUCACUGGAUUUAUUAGACAAAGAUGAAAAGUAUGUUCUGUUUUUUAUUAUCAGCAUAAUAAGCUGCUUGAUGCACCUAUGAUCAAUAAGAAAAUUCAUUUUUUGUAUCAAAGCUAGUAGUUUCCAGUUCAUUUACUCUGGUAUUCCUAGACAAAAAUAUGAAAUAUCUUUAGAUAUCUAUAAGGCCCAUGUUUAGAUCUGUAUCUCUGUGUGCAAAAUUAAGUCAAAAUGCUGUUGAAGGUGCAACUUGGAGGACGUCCAAGGAUUUUGGUUUUAAAAAAAAAAAAGGGGGGGGGGGGGGAAGAAAAAGGACAGGACAGGCUUAGCCAGAUCAGUUUAGUAUAAUUUGCAUGACAAUUAGACUGCUUAUAAAGUAACCAGUUUAGUUUAAUUAAAACUCAGACUCAUUUACCAAUAGGAAUCAUACAUCCAUUUCUUUUCUAUUUCUAUAUGUUCUGUGGAUUUAGCUUAUUGGUAUGGGAAUGGUGUAUAUCUUGUAUGCUGAAAGGUGAAAGGAAGGCUUUGCUUAAGAAAAAAAACAGACUCAGGACACUGUAUUCUUCCAAGUGUAGAAUUAAACUACUGAAUUAAACUACGCAUUGGCAACUGAGUAGAAGCAUUUUAAGACAAUGUAGAUUAGGAAAAGGAAUCAUAUACUGAAUAUCAGUUCUGAAUGUCUUUUCACUGAUUUCUUUCCUUUACUGUGAGUUUCAAUUGAGCUGUUCCAGGUUCAUAAUGUACUUAGUUCUUAUCAAAAUUUCUGUGGACCUUUCUGGUAUGCAACAGCCUGCAGGACAAAGAUCCUCCUGAACAAUAUACUUCUAUUCCGUAAAUUUAAGAAGGAAUAUCUAUUAGAUAGGUUGAUGGGGUAAAUAUCUUUUGGAUACCCAGUUCUCAAGGUUGCAAAUGAAUGUAGCAGGAGUAGGUCUGAUAUAAAAAGGACAAUGUUAAGAUAUAUGACAAUGAAUCACACACUGUAAGGAGUCUGAUAAGUAUAAUGCAGAAUGAAACCAAAGUUCUAUAAUAAUCUCAAAGAAACAUUUGGCAAGACGUUAUCCUUUGAUGUACUACAUGAGAAAUAAUAUCUACUCUAAGGGAAUUUUAAUAGAAGACAAAGAUGGACCUGAAUGUAAAACACUGAAGUAGUGAUUCCUUGCUUUGCCUAUUUCUUCCAAGUGCAUUACAGAAUUUUGUUGGUGAUUUCUUCUAAGUGUUGUGGUAAAGUCUGUACAGAAAUGCUGCAAGUACACUGCUAUUUGUAUUUUGCCCAUCUGGCCAGUAAUAUUAUGUCCACGGCCAAUAAUUAUCUGACAAUUGAAAAAGUUACUUCCAGGAAACCUAAAUCUGGACCACCUGUAAUCAACAGGUUUAUAUUUUAAAAAGAUGGCUACUCCCUAGCUGCUAUCUGCUAAAGCACUUAAGGUCACCAUGGUUUUAUAAACAUGCAGUUUUUACUAACUGCUAAAGGUUAGGUGUUGGAGGCCUUUAAGAAAAAAAAAUUAUAAUUAAAAAAACAACAACAAAAAAGAUAUAGCUAUUGCAAGGCA